ACAUUUAUGGUCUCUGUAUGUGUGUGUGUGUGUGUGUGUGUUUGUGUGUGUGUGCGCGCAUGCAUGUACAGUUGAAUGCAACAGUUUGGGAACUCUUUGUGCAAUUACAUUUUUGGUUAAUUUUUUUUUACAUGAACAUAGGUUAACACAUCCUCUACAUGGAAGAAACUUCUGCACAUUUUAAUGCAUGAUUAUUGGCUGAAUUUAACAUAAUUUUAAUUUAUGAAUAUAACAUAAAAUGUGGCCUGUAGCGUUUUAGGCCGGUUACUGCGAGCUAACAUACAAACUCACACAUAAGCGUAAGAACAGUCUGACGGACUAUAAAUGUUACAUCCAAGUGUACAGUUAUGUGAAGAAGUAAGUGUAUCCCAUUAAAAGUUGAGACUGUUUCAACAUAUGUAGAAAGUUAUUUAAACAGUGUUGAUAGAUAAAGGUGAUAUAAUUUACCAACACUUAUAAUUAACAUUUUUGUCCUCCGUUAUAUAAUUGAAAUAAACAGUAAUGCAAUUUUCUAAUGUGGAAAAAGUAAGUACACCCCUACAUAUAUCACUUCAAAUGUGUCAUAUUGAAAUAAGGUGCACCUGAUCAGGUGCUAGUUAUUAGAACACCUUUAUAGAAUAUUUUUGUGGAACUUAGGUCUUAUUUAAACCUCAGAUAUUUGUUCUGGUUUGCUCUUUGUUACUGGAGUGUGUGGUGUCAUCAUGCCUAGUUUAAAUGAGCUCUCUGAAGCCUUCAGAAAAGAGGUUGUAGAUGCAUAUGAGUCUAAGAAUGCGUUUAAGGAGAUAUCCAAAAUAUUGGAUAUCAAUCAUUCCACUCUCCGGAAGAUCAUCUACAAGUAGAGGAGAUUUAAAACCACUGGCAACUUAUCAAAGCCAGACCGCCACAGCAAAUUCUACCCAAAAGCAGACUGUAAGGUGCUAAAUACCCCAAAACACUGAAACCCCAAAAUAUCACAGGAUCGGUAGGUAGCUUUUGCCACCAUUAAUGUAAAAGGACAAGCAUUACAAAAAUACUGCAAAAAUUUGACUUAUGUGGGAUGUGUGCCAGAAGGAAGUGUUUACUGUCUAAAAAGAACAUUGGGUCAGGACUAAAGGAAUUGAGUGUUCUGGAAUUGCCUAGUCAAAGCCCAGAUCUGAAUCUCACUGAAAUGCUGUAGGAGGGAUUUGAAAUGGGCUUUACAUGCAAAAAACCCUCAAACAUUGCAAAUGCGCAAAAAAUUCGUAAAAAAAUUCAAGUGGUAAAGCCCUGGUUUGCUGAUUGUAACUCAUCUUGUACAGUGGAUAGAGAAUAAAUGAAGCUAAAGUUGGCUUCUUGUUCCAUUUCCCGUUCCACCUCAAAUGAUGUAGCAGUUACAUUCAGACGCCUGUACAGGUGCUUGCAUGUAACUGCUGAAAUUCAAAAUAUAAAGGAAGCUCAAUCUUAAGAGAUUAGCAUAUCGUUAUUCAGCACAGUGGUGUGAAUCUGGUACUGGCUUACACAGCAGGCAGUAAUUUCAAAGUUCAGUACUUAAUUGCAUUACUGAUGUUGCAGUUUUAAUAUUUGAAUCAUGUAAAGAUGGACAACAGUGGCAAUAAUUGCGAAAAACAAAUUGGCAUCACGAAUACAAGAAUAAAAAAGCAGCUUAAGGAGGAUGAGGGCAUAUCCGAGCAGUGAGAAAUGCUGACCUUAACUUACUUAGCUAGAUUUAGUUUGUAGCAUAUUGAUUGUCAUUAUUAUGACAUAUUUAAGAUAAAAAGCUUUUUCCAGUUUUCAUUUUAUCACUAGCUAGCUGGGUUAUCUCAGUGCAGCACAUAAACGGUAAAAAGAGCAAGAAAUGAAGUUGAAAAUGCACAGAAAAGUUAUUUUAUGCAAAAGCAGCACUGUGUGUGUAUGUGUGUGUGUAACAGGAGAAAUACAUUUAGAAGUGGGCUUGUCUGCCCUGUCUGAAAACCAGAGGGAUAAUAAUGAAAAAAUAAGCAAAUGAUAAAGAAACAAUAAGGAAGGAAAGUGGAUAAAGGCUAAUUACUGUGUUGCUAUACGAAUAACUGCUAAAAUGAAAUGAUGUUUAAUUUCUGUGGGUUUAAAGGUUGAUUAUUAUGGUAUAUUACUCUGACAUUGAGAAAGCACAUCAGAAUUGUGAGGGUUGAGGUGCUGAUACCAAGGGAGGAUUUGUGACAGAAAUCCGUUAUUAAGAGAUAACGCUAAUACUGUACUGUAUGAAUUAACCACAACUUUGGUUGUGAUGCCUUGGAGAGUUUAAUGUCUGGAUAUCCAUAAUAGGAAUCCUUUAACCUCUCAUUAAUUUGAGGAUAGAUGUGUAUCUAAAGUAAUUAAGUGCCCAGUUCUGUGCAAGGGCUUUACAAUUACCAUAGAAAGCCAAUAUGAAUGAGAGUUCUGUUCCUUGUCAGGCUUGCUAGGAAAGUACCAACCAUCUCUCAGAUAAAACCCUCUGCACAUGAUUAAUUCUAUACAUGCAGAACCAGAAUAGUUGAUCCAACAUUACACACAGUGUCUUUAAAAAAUAUUUGCCAUUUUGAGGAAACUUAAAUAAAGAUACAAAAUAUAAAUUAGGGAUGCAUUGGUACUGGUAUCAGAAUUGACAUUUUUAUUCAGAACAGCAACAUUGAUCCACACUCAGAGAUUCUGCCCUUAGAUUACUGAAAAAUAUCAGUAGUUUACACAAAUAAAGACCUUAAAUUAAUAUUGACUGAUAAUUGAGAUGUGAUAUUUGGCUGUGAAAAAUAGUAUGCUUGAAUUGUCUUAUGUCCAUGUUUUUUUAAAAUUUCUGAUUUUUUGUAUCAUUUUAUAUUGUUUUUUUGUGUUGCGUUCUUGAAUUUUGUAUAUCUAUGUUUGAAGGAUAAGUGAGCAAACAUAAAAAGUUACUUUUUUAAAUAUUUUUAAAAAGACUUAUUUUUGGCACAGGUAAGAUUUGUGCUAACAAACUAUAUUUUGUUACAUUUUUUCUUGCCUGUUGUCAAAGAAUGUAGGUUUAACUUACAAAUAUACAAAUGUACUUCGCCUUGGCCUGACUACUUUCCAAAAUUAGCAUGUACGCUUGACUGAACAUCACACAGUUGCAGUUCAUCAUUUGUGCACCCAAGUGACAAAGUUGUGAAGGAACUUUCUGGUAAUUUUUUGUUUUGUUUUUUUAACGUCAUUAUCAUACAACUGUCUCUAGUGUCUAAGUUGUCGCUACAAAUGAACUGAUGGCAAAACUGUUGCAGACUGCCUUAAAGACUAGCCAGACAAGUGUUGGAACAGAAGCGCUUUUUACUGAAGACAUGAAGUCACUGGUGUACCUGAUAGCCCUUGUGCUUUACAGCACCAACACGCAAGGAUGGCAGCUGAAAAAAUGCAAAACUGACAAAUUUGCUAGUGUUUGUUCUGGCGAUCAUGCUGCUUUUUGCGACCACGUCACAGAUAUCAAAGUGGAUACUGCUGGGCUUCCAUCUGACAUUCAAAACCUGUGUAUCACCAUGGAAAAACACAAACCACAUGGAUCUCUUGUUAAUGGCUCUUUUUCACACUUCACUUCUCUGGAGUACCUUCAGAUCUUCGGUUGUUUUUUUCAAUUUCAUCCUGGAGCAUUUCGGGGACUUUCCAACCUUAGAAGAUUAGACCUUGAUGCUGAAAAAUGUUGUGAGAUUGCAAUGUCACGUCAGGUAUUUAAGGACCUUCCUCAGCUGAAGGAACUGAAUAUUGCCAGUUUAAAUCUGUCGGUAGUGGCAACCGAUAUAUUUUAUGAUCUCUCCCAAAUGGAAAAAAUUUCUUUUGAUAAUCUAUGCAGUUCUGUCUUUUCGGAACUAAUAUGCUCAAUAAUAAAUUUAACAUCUUUAAAAGAAUUUGUUUUCAUAACAAAUGAGGAAGAGACAUUAGAAUACCCUAACUGCACCCAUAAAAAUGAAUCUGUUUUUCCACGUAUCUCAGGAGCCAAGCUGUUUUUUUCCAGAAUUAAACAUUUCCAUCAGGGAGCACUGGACUUUUUUCAAAACCUGUCUAGUUUAGGAUUUAGUUAUAAUGACAAGUUACUCAGUUACCUUCCCAGAUCUGGUAUCAAGAGUGUAGAUGUGUUCCAUUAUUGUACUGACACACUUGUUGUGGAAGAAGUUUGCAUUGUUGUGUCAAAAUUGUCAACUAAAAACCUUUCAUUGUAUUUCCAAACUGCUAGUAACUUCUCACAUUUUAAGAAUGAUAAUUGCACUGUGCUCGAACAGUUGCACAUUACUGCAUAUGGGACACAACCUAUAGACUUGAGUUUCAUCUGUUUUAUGACAAACCUUACUACCUUGGAAAUUAAUGGCAAAGGAUUGGAUACACAUUUCAGAUCUAUUUGUACCUCGACAUUGAAGGUCACUUGGCUGACUGACUUAACUGUUAUGUUUGCUUCAGUCAGUAAGAUAUUUAGCCAUCAGUUCAGUUGUUUAGUUAAUCUUAAAAUGUUGAAUAUAACGUGUUGUUCUGUCUCUGAAAUUGAACCUUUUGCUUUUAUGGAAUUAGUCUCAUUAAGGAUCCUGAACCUCCAGUAUAACAACAUCACUGCGAUUGGUGUUCAUGUUUUUGAUGGUUUGUACAACCUUUUGGUGCUGGACCUUAAGAAUAAUCCAUUGUUUCGGGUUGAACAAAUGGCAUUCAGACAUCUUAUGAAUCUUCAAGAAUUACAUUUUAGUUACUUUGGAUCAUCACCAAUAGGCUUUGUAAUUAGAUGGAAUUUAACAGACAUAUUUGGUAAUAUUCCAGAACAGCUGGCCUAUCUGUUCUAUGAGUAUAUAGUACCAAUGGAGCUGAUUAUUGGUUCGAACAUGACUUUAAACCAGAAUCUUACCUUGCAUGUUCGGUCAGUUACUUUGAAUAUUGAGGAUUGUGGACGUCCAUUUUUUGAGUCAGUCACCACUCUUUUUGCAAGAACCAAACACAUCCUGUGUGGUUCGGAAUUCAUAGGGAAAUACAUUAAAAAUAUAGAGAACUUAAUGUAUAUAUCUAAGUUUUCAGACAAAAUUGGAGAUUUGACAAGUCUUAAUGAGCUUGUUCACCUCAAGGUAUUGAGACUUGAUGAUAUGGACCUUUCAAAGCAGUCAAAUGUUGCUGUUAUGUUUCACAACCUGACAAAACUGGAGAAGCUAAGCUUGUUUUACUGUAGAUUUUUCAGUAUUGAUGGCACUUUAACAAAAGACCUGAAAUCACUGAGGUUUUUACGUCUGAUGUUCCGGGAUUAUGUCACUGUAUAUAGUGGUUUUUUUGAACCUCUCACCAGUUUAAAGAAUCUAGGAAUAUAUCAGCUUCAGCUCUUCUGCAAUUGUGAUAAUGCUGACUUUUCCAAGUGGGUGAAGGAGAAUAAGAAAGUGCAGGUUGAAAUGAUGGAUCCAGAACUAGAUGAACUGCAGUGUUUAUCAAACAAUGGCUUAGACAGGCCCAACUUACAGGUUUAUGGAAAGCAGAACUGCUUUUUUGAGCUGGACUUUGUGCUCUUUGUUUUGACUUCACUGGGUGUGAUCUUCUUCAUGUUAGUAGUACUGAUACAAAGAAUGGCUGUAUAUUACAUUUUCUCCCUGUACCAUAUUGCUCAUGCCUGGUUUGAGCAAGCUGUGAGAAAAGAUAGGAGGGUGCAGUACCGCUAUGAUGCCUUUGUUUCUUACAGCAGCAAAGAUGAGAACUGGGUAGUGAAUGAGCUUUUGCCUAGCCUGGAGCAACGAGGCCCACCCUUUCUUCGUCUUUGCUUACACAGCAGGGACUUCCAACUGGGGAAGGACGUUGUGGAGAAUAUCACGGACAGCCUUUAUGAAAGUCGUUACACGCUUUGUCUGGUCAGCCGCAAUUAUUUAUGCAGCCACUGGUGCUCUUUGGAGAUGCGUCUAGCAACCUGCCGGUUGCAGGUGGAGCACAAAGAUGUCCUCAUUCUGGUUUUCCUGGAGAAAAUCCCCUCCCGCCUGUUGUCUGCGCAUCACAGGCUGGCUCGACUGGUGAAGUCCAGAACGUAUCUCGACUGGCCUCAGGACCCAGAUCAUCAUAAUGCAUUCUGGGAUAGACUGUGGGACAAACUGAAGCCUGAAGCCAUGAUGUGAAGACAUGAAUGUUGUUGAUGACCGUCCAUUUAGACUGAGACAUAUAAAGCACAUGCCCAAGCACAUGAAGUGACCAGAAUCCCAAUAUGUGCCAUAUCCUUGUGUCUAAAAUUAUAAUUUCAUUGUUUUUGUGAAGAUGCUGUAUUCAUAUAAAUCGGGUUGAUUGAGGAAUUGAUCUAUAUGUGUUAAGCCUCUCACAGCUAAAGACAUUUGUUUGUACGGCAUUUGUAACUAAGGGUGUACUUUUAAUCCAGGCAAAAAAGAAAAUAUACAUUUAUUGAGUUUACUGAUGAGUAUGGCAAUAGACAGUGUUCAGCAGUGGUUUACAGUACUUUCAAUGAUAAAAAUAGCAUUUGGAUUUAUGUUACUUAGGAAUUUCAUUUAAUGAUAAGUCUUACAACAUUGUACGUAAGAUCUGUACAGUACAUAUUUUACACAUCUGCAUUGUACAUAUCUUAUAAUACAUAGUACAUGAGAUCAUUUUGUUAAAAUGUUGCAGAGAAGAUGCAUCUUCAUACAAAACUACUUCUUCUUUUUAUAGUUUCUGUUCUUGUUUUCAUCGCUGUAUGAAAUGUCUGCUUUCUAUUUUUUGGAAAGGAAGUCGUCUUAAUAAAUGUGUGGCGUUAUCUUGCUUGAACAGAAAGAGCAGUUCCAUGUCAUUUUUACAUUUGCAAUUAGAGCUUACAUACUGUACUGUGCAAAAGUCAGAGACCACCCCCUCGCCUCCAUUUUCUUAAUUUUCAG